UGGUGAUCCACUCACACUGGAAGGGCAAAGAACAUCAUUUAACAUUUCUUAGGUUUCAGAAUUCAUUGUACUUUGAAAGAAUACUUGAUAAAUUAUUUAGGCAGUUUCAACUGAGAUUGCAAAAAUCCCAGCCUGUCAGAAGCCAGGUUAAAAAAGGGUGGUGCUGUAUAAAUAAUUUACUUCUUUGGGGAGGAAAAUACCAUACAAAUGCUAGUGUCUAAAAUAGAGAGGCACUAAACCUGCUGAAGCUCACUAGCCAGACAGUGAAUUUAAGCCAGUGCUACAAAAUAAGUACUCUCAUUUAAAAGCAGGGGCUAUGCCAAACCUAUAGUUAUCAAAAGGUCAGCAUUAAAGAGUCUGCAACAAUUGCUGCUUUUAAACAUUCACCCUUUUAAAGCAUUGAACAUACCCCAGUUCUAAAAAAUAUCUGGUGAAAGCUGCUUUUUAUGAUGAUUUCUCAUGGCAAAUGACUAAAGCAAAGCAAGCUUGUCAUAUUAAUGUUGGAUGUUACUUAAUUCAUUGGCUUUAUUUCUGUAACGUGGGCACCUUCCAGUUUUGUCACUGCUCUCAGCAGAUACUUUCUGUACCAGUCAGAAUUACUUGACAUUUCAAGGGAACUAGAUUGUUUGGGUUUUUUUCCUUUAUACAGUAAAUAAUUAUUAUUCAGCAUGUUUAUUAUAGUACUUUCUCAGAUUAAUCACCGUAGUAACUGGAAAGUAAUUUCUAUAUAGUCUAUUACAUUUCUUAUUUCUGUAUGUACAAGUGCAGAAUUUGGCAACAACAAAACCCUUCUGCAUUGGCACACCUGCACUACGUAAUUUGCUAUGUAAUUUCACUUGAGUAAAAGACAUUGUUCCAUGAAGGGCUUCUGUCCCCAUUCCUCCUGCAUAUCUACAGAAAGUGAGGUGACUGACAAGCUGGGAGGUUCCUAAAUGCAACCUUUAUUUUAUUACUUAUAGCUAGUACAAGAGCACUCAGACAAAUUGCUUCUCUGCCUACCACUUAAUUGUAGCUGAUAAGGUCUUUGAUAAAGCUAGCCAGGUCUAGACUAGAAGUCAAAGACACCAUGUUGGAAAUGCAUCAGUAAUUUUCUGUGCAGUCAAAACUGUCAGCUGGAAAGGAUAAUGAGCAAUAAUCUGAGAUGCCUGACUGACAUGUAUCGGGCCCAUCUCAGAUUUGUGCCUAGCAGGAGAAAAUAAAUGCUGUAGAUCUGCUGAUGGAAUCAAGGUGAUGGAAUAAAGUUUUGUGGAAGGGAGAUUAGUUCAAUCAAAAUCUCCAUAAAAUUAUUUAUUGUGUCCCCAUACAUGACAGUGGAAUUCCACUUGUUUGCCUCCAGUACAGUCCAAUUAGCUCACUAGUCACAGCUUAAUGCUAUUUUCGGAAGGUGCUCCCAAGAAUUUUCAGAUAUUUUUCCCUCGUGUACUGAUUUGUGAAAUCUGCUAGGAUAUUUGUAUCUCAAAGCUGCUAUGCAACAUCUGACUUGAUGCAAGUUGUUAGUUAUUAUGUGAUCCCUAUUAGAAAUAGAUGUCUUUGGACUUGAUUUUCAAAGUAUCACCACUGUGAGAGAGCAUGCCAGAGCAGCACACUCCAUGAUUUGGCUGACCUGUGUGGGAGGCUGAGGGGGAGCAGAAUCAAGAGUUUAUUAAUUCCUGAGAACUUGAAAGCAGAUGGCCCACAGUGUGGCAACAACCCUUAUGGGCAUGGCUAUGAUGCAGCCUUUUGUAUCCCAACACUAGAAACAAUGAUUUCUACUUACCUUCAGUGCCCUCGCAGACACUGUUCCACAGAUUCACAGAAUUUCAGUUUGUAAUAUCGAUGUGAAGAAAUUUCCUCGGUUUUGACCCACGAGCCCCAGUCAUUCUUCAGAGGCUGUAGUAAUGAUCGUCCUUCUUGCAAACAGAGCUUAUGACAGGCACAUGGGCUAAUCUCUUUUUAGCCAUCGUCCAGUGACUCCUUUGGAAUAUUUCAGGGAAUUCAGGUUAUUGCAAAGGCAAUCAUUUGUUAUCUUGAUUCUUGUCAGCUAUGAAAUAUUCAGCAAAGAUACAAAAUUAUCACCUGAAAUGAAUGUCCCUGAAACAUUGGCUUUGAUUUGCUAUCUUUAUACUUCAAAUCUAUUAAUUGGAGGAGUUUAAUUAAGAGGUGAUAAAGGAAAUGGCAGCUUUCUCUUCAGCAUUCAGACUUAAGAGUUUUAACAUAACUAGUAAGUGGAACUUGUGUAACAGAUACAUUCUAGUUGUCACAGAUGAAGAAAAUCAGCAGUCUAUUAGCAGCAGCAUGAUAAUAUGGCAGGCAGCAUAACUGCCUGUAACGUCAUACAGACUUUGUAGUAGGGAGUUAAACCAGGAAAAGGAAAGUUGUCCGGUUUAGAUAUUCCACUCCCUCCCCCCCUAGAAAAAUAAUAAUGCAGUUUAAAAAAAAAAAGCAGAUAGAAUUCGCCCAAUUUCAAAGACUGGGCUGAGUUACUUCCAACAUACUGCAAAGCUGAGCUGAUACUUUGAAAACUUAGGAAAAAAACAACAAAUAAAAGAAGUGAACUUCUGAAAAAUAAACAAAUUCUUAAUAUUUAUUGUUGAUCUCAUCUGAAUAAGCUUUUAUUCUCAGCUUGUCAUAGAUGAAUGAGUUUAUCAAGGUGCUUACAGCAGGGUAAUAAUUGAUUUCAGGCUUGGGUAAGCCCAUUGAUCUCAACUAAGUUUUUUCAGAUUUAGGCUGAUUUAGCCAAGAUCAGUCUGUGACCUGUGUGUAAGAUGACACAUAAUUGUCUGAGUGGUCUUCCCUUUGUGUUCAGGAUCCGAAGGCACAUUACUGACAGUCACAUUCUAAUAAGACAGGAGAAUGAAAGGCAACCAAGGAAGGAAGAAAUAAUUUUGAGAACAAAUCUUUCAUAAUUCUGGGAUAAAACCAUCCUGAUGUCAACUGGCAAAUGACAAAACUAGCCCAGCAAUAAGGAAACUUGCAAAGAAAAACAGCAAAGAUGCAACCCUGGCAAACAGCACACUCUUCGGUCCUCCAAAAUGCCAGCAAAGCUGUUCUCAUCACCAGAGAUCUCCAUAUGGGAAAUAUUAGAAGAACUGUCAUUUAGUAAACUCUCUAUUAUUGAACAUAAAAUAAGGAAAACAAAAUAAACUGUGUUUUAUCUGCCUUUCAAACCAACAUCUCUAGAAACAAUUCUAUGAAGACUUUUUUACAUUUAGAGAUGAUCAGUGAAUAGCUAAUUGACUUAAUCAUCUUAAAUCGCCCUUCCCUAAAUAAGAGCUCCUGGGGCACUGUUUCCUCAAGAAAAUAGGGAAGAAAAGCCAAGAAAAACCAGAUGUUUCUGUUCUCAGAAUUUCCAACAGCGAUACACAGCGAUAUGGUGGAGGAUGACACACAAGUGAUAGAAGGAUUAUCAGCAAGUUGUGAAGCUAUGAAAACUACUCAGAUUCAAAAAUGAAUGUUACCUAAAAAAGCUGUUCGUAAGAGAAGCUGGGAAGCAGUGGAACAAUGUAUUUGGUAACUUAUGAAAGGAUUUCCAAAAGUAAUCACUCAUCAUAUCUGCUUGCACAAGGUGGGGAAAAAAAUCCAUCCUGUUGCUAACAAGUGCUGUGGUAGAAAAUAACAGCUAGUCUGUUAGAGAGCACUGGAAAAAAAGCGGGAAUGCAUUUCAGUUCCUAAAGUGUCUGUGCCUGAAAGAAGGUUCUAACAAGAACUACAUAACAGGCCACCUAUUAAUUACUAUGCAAGCGAAUUGACUAUAAUCCAAUGCUUCAAACAAACAAGCAAAAAACCCUUCAUGUACUAUUGCACACUGACCAACAGAAGAUCAGGUGUGGGUUUUUUUUGGCUUUUUUUUUUUUUUUUGUGAAAUGUCCAUUUUCAAAGACAGACUACCUUCAAAUUUUAAGAUCAUUUCAAGUGAGAUUUUUUUUUCAAUGCCAUCUGCAAAGUAAGCUCGGCAGAAAGCUGAGUGACAGCAGUCAUGUGCAGGACUCCUCCUCCAGGGGAUUUGCUGUAAUGUAACACCUUGGUUUGGUGAACACUCCUCACUGUGGAAAAGCACCGGUGUUCCUCUGAGUCUCCUGUGUAGGCACUGCCACUACAAAUUCAAAAGCUGAGGAAAUAAAAUUCUGUGAUUAAAAGCUAGAGAUGAAACGUUCUGGGUGAACUGGUCACCGCUUUGGAUUUUCUAGUUGCUGCACGUUCAGAGUUUUGUAUAAAUAACAGAAGUGGAGAUGAAGAGCAGGGUGACACAAAUAAACCAUGGGUCCAGUCAUGAAAAGAAAGAAAAAUACAGUCCACGGCACAGAAGUUUGACUCCAGAGGACAGGGAUGUAGAGCGUGACAGGUCUCCAUCUCCCAGAAGAAGAAGAUAUUCUGAUGACAGCAGAUAUGAUCAAGAAUAUUCAAGAAGGGAGUAUUAUGAUGACAGAUCUUCAGAAAGAAGGAUGGAGAGAGGGAGAGACAGAUACUAUGAAAAGUGGGAAGAAAGAGAUUAUGACCGAAGGAGGAAGAGAAGACUCUCUUCCCCUGAUCAUAGGAGUCCAGAGAGGUCAACAGUUCAGGGCUCAAAUACUCAUGAAGAGGCCACUUCAAAGAAGAAGAAAGAAGAAGUGGAUCCAAUCCUUACUCGCACAGGUGGUGCAUAUAUUCCACCUGCCAAGCUCAGGAUGAUGCAAGAACAAAUUACUGAUAAAAAUAGCUUGGCAUAUCAGAGGAUGAGUUGGGAAGCCUUGAAGAAGUCCAUCAACGGUCUCGUCAAUAAAGUAAACGUUUCUAAUAUAGAAAAUAUUAUUCAUGAGCUGCUUCAGGAGAAUAUUGUUCGAGGAAGGGGAUUGCUGUCUAGAUCCAUUUUGCAAGCUCAGGGUGCCUCUCCAAUUUUUACCCAUGUUUAUGCGGCUCUUGUGGCAAUUAUUAAUUCAAAGUUUCCAAAUAUUGGUGAAUUGAUUCUCAAGAGGUUGAUACUAAAUUUUCGCAAAGGAUAUCGCAGAAACGAUAAGCAACUCUGUCUGACGUCUUCAAAGUUCGUUGCGCAUUUGAUGAAUCAGAAUGUGGCUCAUGAGGUUUUAUGUUUGGAAAUGCUCACCUUGCUUCUUGAAAGGCCUACUGAUGACAGUAUUGAAGUAGCAAUUGGAUUUCUUAAGGAGAGUGGGCUCAAGCUAACAGAAGUUUCUCCUAGAGGCAUUAAUGCAAUCUUUGACCGUCUUCGACACAUUCUCCACGAGUCUAAAAUUGACAUGCGUGUUCAGUACAUGAUAGAAGUUAUGUUUGCUGUACGGAAGGAUGGCUUCAAGGAUCAUCCAAUCAUUCCAGAGGGAUUAGAUCUAGUGGAAGAGGAAGAUCAGUUUACUCAUAUGUUGCCUUUAGAAGAUGAAUACAACCCAGAGGAUGUUCUUAAUGUUUUCAAGAUGGAUCCCAACUUUAUGGAAAAUGAAGAGAAAUACAAAGCGCUCAAGAAAGAAAUCCUUGAUGAAGGUGACAGUGAGUCUGAACCAGAUCAGGAGGCUGGAAGUAGUGAUGAAGAGGAAGAUGAAGACGAAGAAGAGGAUGAAGAUGGCCAGAAAGUUACUGUCCAUGACAAAACAGAAAUCAAUCUGGUUUCUUUCCGUCGUACCAUUUAUCUUGCUAUUCAGUCAAGCUUAGACUUUGAAGAAUGUGCUCACAAAUUGCUGAAGAUGGAUUUUCCUGAAAGUCAAACGAAAGAACUCUGCAACAUGAUACUUGACUGCUGCGCUCAGCAAAGAACAUAUGAGAAAUUCUUUGGGUUACUGGCAGGGCGUUUCUGCAUGUUAAAGAAAGAAUAUAUGGAAUCCUUUGAAGCUAUUUUCAAGGAACAGUAUGAUACCAUUCAUCGUUUGGAAACAAACAAAUUAAGGAAUGUUGCCAAGAUGUUUGCUCAUCUGCUGUACACUGAUUCCAUUCCCUGGAGUGUUCUGGAGUGUAUAAUACUGAGUGAAGAAACAACCACGUCCUCCAGUAGGAUUUUUGUCAAAAUAUUCUUUCAGGAGCUUAGUGAAUAUAUGGGACUUCCAAAUUUAAAUGCACGACUAAAGGACAUAACAUUGCAGCCUUUCUUUGAGGGAUUACUGCCUCGGGAUAACCCAAGAAACACUCGCUUUGCCAUCAAUUUCUUCACUUCUAUUGGCCUUGGAGGACUUACAGAUGAAUUACGGGAGCAUCUGAAAAAUGCACCGAAGAUGAUAAUGACUCAGAAACAAGAUGUUGAGUCAUCAGAUUCAUCUUCAUCUUCGGGAACAGACUCUUCUUCAGAUUCUGAUUCUGACAGCAGUAGCAGUAGCUCAGAGUCAUCCAGCAGCAGUGACUCUUCAUCUAGCAGUAGCGACAGCAGUGACUCAGAUGCUUCCAAAGCUAAAAGAAGGAGAACACAAAAGAAAAACAGAGAGUCUGAAAAAGCUUCCCGGAAAAAACAAGAAAGGAAAAGAAAAUCGCUUGAGAAGAAAGUGGGAAGGAGGCGGCAAGAGGACAAAAGUGAUAGUGAGAGCAAGUCAGAAAGGAAUCACCGAAACAUGAGAGAAGCACACAGGAGGGAUGACACAUCAAAAUAUCAGUACAGAGAUGAGUCUAAUGGCAGAGACGAUUACGAAGCACAUAGGAGAGAUGACAUAUCAAAAUACCAUCACAGGGAUGAGUCUAAUGGCAGAGAUGAUUACCAUAGUGGAAGAGAUAGGAACUAUGAGAGAAGUAAGGAUCUAGAAAAUAAACACAGCAAUUCAAAACUGAAGAAAGCAGAAAGAAGAGCUUCUUUUUCUGAUGAUGAAAGUUAUAGGCAUGGGAGCAGAGAUAAUGGACAUCGGAGUAGAAAAAGAGAAAGAUCUAGGUCUGGAGAGAGAUCCUAUAACAAGUCAAGUCCAAGGGAGGAAGAAGAAGACCACCGAUAUAGAAAUGGCUCAGAAAGACUUAGAGAGAAGUACAACCAUUCCUCUGACCAGUACAGGGAAUCCAGAAAAUAUGAGGAUAGACGAGGGGAGAAUUCCCCACACAGACGAAAAUAAUACCUAAACAGUUUGAAAUAAAUGGGCGUUUCUGAGCUGUUGAAACUGUGUUUUAAAAGACGACUAAACUUUCUUUAAAAAAGAUUUUGUACAAAGUGGUAGUUUGCAUUUGUAAAUUUUAUCAGACUUUUUCAAAUUUUCAGUACUGCUUUUUUUAUAACUGUUGCUUUAAGUCUUUCUGUUAAAUUCAUCCUCUGGGAAGAUGAAGUUGUUUAUUUUGUGAAUAAAACAGUUAAGAUCUCAGUGAAAUGGGUGUUUCUGUCACUUAAUUACAAGUAUUCAUAACUUUAUAGUAUAAAACCAUUGGAUUUUAACUUUGGCUAAUUACAGAUCAAAGAUACUGAAGCUAACGUAAGAAUCUCAGAUUAUACUAUAGAUGAUGCAUGGGAAGGCUUUUUAAAAGGAAUUACAUCAGCAUGAGCACUACAUGCAUUCUAUAGUUACAUAUUCUUCCAUCUUCAUAAAUGUGGAAGUAAGUUUGACCAAAAUUUUUCAGGAAAACCUUUGUUUAUUUUUUCAAGAGUUAAAAAUUGGAAACGCAGUUUUGUUAUUUUAAAUGUCACUUUUGAAAGUGUGUCAACUUGUUCUGUGUUACUUUUCACAAUGUUUUUUAAUGUUAUAACAUCCUAAGCUUGUGAUCUACACUUGUGAUCUUACAGAGAGGAAGAAAUGUUUUUGACUGAAUCUGAUUUAAAGUCAUGUGUAGACUUCAGGUGUAGUUCUGAGGGAAAUGUUUAAGGAAUGUCCUUACUGCUAUACUUUAAAAAAAAAAAAAGUGAAACAAAAGAUUUCGAAUCUUCUUCGCUUUGAAUUGUGUGGCUCAAAAUGCUCAAGCUUACUGGAAGCAAAGUUUUACCAAAAACAAAAAAACCCCAGCAAUUGAAGAUAUAGAAGUAGUUCUACCUAAGAGUAAUUUGAAGCACUAGCUCAACAUUCAUUGUUUGACUUAUAAAUCAGAAUCGUGGUUAAGAUUAAAUAAAAAAGACAAGUACAGAAAGUCUUUUGACAUGAAAUAGUAACAUGGCCAUGGUCAGUAGAAAAGGCAGGAAUGACAGCAAUGUGUAACUCAACUCUUAGUGCCAUAAAACCGUAUUUUUCACUUUGCAAAAUGAACAUAAUUUCUGGGCACAUGAAAAUAUGCAGAUUUCAUUUAUGCAUUGUAUUUCAUUGCAUGUAGAACGUUAUAAAAAUGCAUUUGAGCUGUUUUGUAACAGAAAACAGAGCAAUUCCUAAGGAACUAGACUAGUUUGGGGUAAAUCUUGUCACAACAUUUUUCUAAGAAAAAUUAUGCUUUGUAUUUCUGUUCUGUGUUUAACAGAAUUUAUUUCUGCUUGUUUUCUUGCACUUAAAUGUUUUCAAAGAUACUAACAGAGAAAAUAAAGACAUACUGCAGAGAAAGAUGAAAAUUUAGUGGCACCAUGAGGAAUGUCUUAUUUAAAUUGUGAUGUGGUUUUAUUUCUGUUCCCACUUCUCAUUUUCCAAGGGAAUCAUGCAUUUUUGAUAGCAUUCUUUAAUUCCUAGAAAAGUUAAUUUGAAGUAAUUCUUUUUAGAAAGAUUAGUGCUAGUAAUUAUUGUCUGUUUCUUAGUUGUCUACUAACAGUAUUAAAAAUUACCUGUAUUUCGUAAUUGUUGUAUUGUACAAGCUUAGCUAAUUUAUCAAGAGUAACCCUUUCUUUACUGUAUUGUAGGUUUAAUAGCAUCAAUUUUAUGAAACUGUAGCUUUUGAGAUAUUCUGUACAAAUUAAAAGGCUUGUUAAUUACAUCUGUAAUAAAUGGAGAUGCCUUAAAACAAA